GUACCGGUUUAUCCCCCUUGAUCUUCACGCUUUAUGUUUGCGUCAUCAACUGAAUUCCCCAUCGAGAGCAAAACAACAAUGGCAGACCAUGAUCCGUUUGACAUAAUAUACGAAGAAGGAGACGAGGAAUUGUCAGAAUCUACAUCUCUUCCCGACUACACAAUAAAUUUACCCGAUCCUAUAGUAAUCAGAGGUGCUGGAAAUGUCACAAUAUUUGGUCUCAGCAAUCGAUUUGACACAGAAUUUCCUUGUGGUUUGGCUGCAAAGGUAGCCCCCGAGGAGUACAAGGCUACGAUAUGUCGACUGAACAGCAUGCUGAAGAAGGCGCUGCCAGUCAACAUUAAGUGGCUCUUCUGUGGCUGUAUAUGUUGUUGCUGUACCUUAGGUUGCUCCAUGUGGCCUGUUGUCUGUCUCAGUAAAAGGACAAAACAUGCCAUAGAAAAAAUUUUAGAUUGGGAAAAUACCCAUUUAUAUCAAAAGCUGGGACUCCAUUGGAGGCUAAGUAAACAACGCUGUGAUUCCAGUAGUAUGAUGGAAUAUGUCCUCUUAAUAGAAUUUAUCCCCAAGGUUCCUAUAUUCCGACCAGACUGACCGAGAGAAGACUGACCAGACUGAGAGAGAGAGAAGUGAAACUACAAAGUGAAUAGUCUGUCUCCUACAACCUACAGCUUUGCCAUAUUGUCAGAACAAGCGAUUUGUUUUCUGCUGACCAGAUUGUUAGAGUAGAGAAGUCAGACUGAUUGACACACAGUUCCACUGUGACUGGGAUUCACCAUCGUGGUUCACUUUUCUAAGAUAAGCAAUAGAAAAACGAGCAAUGCAAAUGUGUGGAUGAUAUUUUUGUGAUAACCUGAAUGCAUCAGAUAUAUGUGGGAUUUUUUUCUGCAAUGCAUUUUUCAUGCUUUUUUUGAAAACUUUAUUCAUGUUACAUAAUUGAGAGCUUGAUGUAAUCGGAGUUGAUUUCAGGAACACUGCCACGGUACUGUCCACAUAAUGGCAUCCUAGCAUAGUGUAAGCCAGAUGAAUUUAAUUGUAUUAUGGUAGUUUCUUUGGCAAAGUAAUUGAUAUAUGAAUACAAGAGUUUUGGUUGAUACGAACCCCCCACCCUCCCUUAGACUGAUUUAUGUACUCCCAUCAAUAUCUAUUAAGAUUAAUAAGUGUAAAUUUUUAUUGAUAUUAUGUAUAAAACAGAAUCAGUUUCAUUAAAAAUAUAUUGGUUGGCCAUUUGAAGCAAAAUUUAGAUAUUAAGUGAGGAAGUUAGGUGAAGCAGAAUACUUAUGUAGUAACUAUUGCUUGUAAUGUAUUGUUAUUGUAUCAUAAAACUUCACAUAGUAUAUAUUCACCACAUGCUGUGCCUCAGGAUUUCAUAGGAAUUCAUUACUAACAAUGCACUCAAAUUAUAUUGAAUUCCAAUUUCUGAGUAGUGUGGAAUUUGAACAGUGCUAUUUCUGAAAAGCAAUAACCAAAAUGUGAAUUUUAUCUGUAUGGACAAUGGUGUUUUGAGUUGUGCUUGACUUUUUAUAAUUUUUGAAAUCUUGUUAUUGGUACUCCACGUUUCUACAGGCAAUAGUUAACCAUGCAGUUCAGAUUAUUGUGACAAAUACUGUUAAGGUCCAUGAUAUCUCUCUAGAGUUGCUCUUUCUAGAGGUUUUACAAAAGUUUUGGGGUAAAAUUACCAAUUUGAAAUACCCUAUGUAUGUACCCUCGUGCAAAUCUACUCCAUAAAGUAUGAGAAUACGUGCACUGCUGUGUGAAUCUUGCACUAACGUUUCCGUAAGUUAAGAGUUAUGGUUAGCCUGUCAGGACUGUGACGAUUACUCUUUAAAACAUGCUGCAUUGUACAUAUAUCGUGAAGCAGUGAUAAAUACACUGUAACUAAUCUCCAGAAACCUGUCUAUACAAGCACAAACCAGUCUAUACAAGAGGAUUAUAAUGAUGUCAUAGGAGAUAUCAUAAUUUACAGUUGAAGUUAAAAACUUUCAUGGUGUGACCAAACGAACAUUCCAUGACAAUGUAAAUAUUUUAUAAUUUAGAAUUUAAGUGAGUCAUGCUUGCAUAGCUUAAUUCUCCAUAUUUUAAAUCCAUAUUCCAGUGUUAAAAGGCUUCUAGUGACUUCUGUUAUAAAAGUACAAGUGAUAACAUACAACAAGAUGAUUUAAGGUCCAUCGUUUUGUGGGUUACUUAUGAGUGCCAGUAUUUCUCCAUUUUAUCCACAGAAUGAUUUAAAUCUGAUAUACCAGUAGUUUAAAUAUAAAAACAGAGACCACAUUCCACAAAGUCAUGUAUAUAUUUUCUUCACUUCAUUGAUGAUCGGAAAAUGACCUCCAUUAACACACUGGUUCAUUGUUUCUCGCCUUGAAAUAUCCUUUAUGCAGUGGAGCAAUUCUAAUUCAAGAACAUGUAUCAUAUGUUUAUUGCUACAUAUCAAUACUCAUUAAUAUCUUUUAAAGAUUGUGAUGAAAAUUUCUAGAAGAGGAAGAUAAAAUGGAGGUAAUUUAUAGUUGUGUAAUUUGAAAAAGAAAUAUUAAUUUUCCUAACUUUCAUUAUUUUCUCUCUCUCCUCUUCUUUAUUUUGGUAUUUGAUAUGAACAUUCCACGGGAAUCCUAUACAAUGCACAGCAAUAAACGUGAACAUUUAUGAAAUAAUAGAAAUUUAUGUCCGACUAGUCUUGCUUUUUAUCCAGUCAACAAAAUCUGAGAAUUUUAUUGGUACGAAAUUAUCACACUUGAGAAUUUUACCACAAAAGAGGCAGUCAUAGAUUAUAUUAAAGUAGAUGUUACAUUGGUGGUUAAAUAAUUAGUAAAUGACAAAAAUAUUACAUAUACAAUGAUAAAGUUGAUGUUUCAUUAAAAGUUGAAUAAUUAUUUGAAAACGAAGACUGGCAUGCAUAUAGAAUAACGAAGUGGAUAUUACUUUAACAGUCCAGUACCUACGUGUAGUUGAAGAAAUCACUUGGAAUAAGUUUAAUGUACUUUUAUAGUUGAAUAAUUACUAGUUAAAACCAUAGAUGAGCUACCUCAGAUCGUUACAGACAAACUAGAUUGUUGUGCCUGCAUGUGACACUGAUGUGUGCUUGAAGUUGAUUUUGAAAGCAAGUCAUCUUCAUUCCUUUGUAGCUGUGCUGCAAAUAUAUGUACUCUGUCAUGCAUUUCUUUUUCAUGUUUGAGUGUGUGUAAAAGAGACUGUGUGUAAGAGAGAGAGAGAGAGGGUGUGUGUGUUAGAGAGAUGGAAGGAGAGUAAAAAUGGUGUUGCAUAAAUUUCUCAUGCAGUGAAUCAUUGUAUUGUAUAAUUCAGUUUGAUUAAAGCGAUGGAUUCUUUUAA